AUGGUCAUCGACUCCCGGAGCGAGAUGAAGCCGAAGUCCAAGUACGCUGAAGAAACGGGUCAAUACUCGUCCGCCGAGAGUCAAGAGAUAGGUACAGUGACCACGAAGUGGCACAAUACGCUGGCGGAGAUCAAGUAUGCUUUUACGACGAAAGAUGGAUGGAUCGGCGACUACGACUACGUCUACUUGAUCACUCCCAACAUCUGGCCCUUGAACAGAAGGUACAAAGACUAUCAAGCGCCAUUCUACGGACUCAACGACCGCGUACCCGUUCUUUUGACACUACUCCUCGGCCUUCAGCAUGCACUCACCAUGAUCGGGUCCAUUGUGUCACCACCACUCGCAAUCGCCUCUGGGGCGUUCAACUUCGAGCCCGCUAUGACAACGUAUCUGGUCUCGACAGCCUUCAUCACCACAGGCAUUGCGACAGCCCUGCAAGUUACUCGGCUGCAUAUCAUGAAGACGCCAUUCUUCAUCGGCACAGGGCUCUUGAGCGUCGUGGGACCAACAUUCGACAUCCUACCCAUUGUCUUCAACUACGCCGCUUUACGAUACAAGUCCGGCUCUUGUCCAGUUCUUGAAGACGGAACUCAAGGGCCAUGUCCUGAUGCGUGGGGUGCAUGCCUAGGCACUAUGCUGUGCUGUGUCUGGAUCCAGAUAGCAAUGGCUUUUGUACCGCCCAAGAUGCUCAACAAGAUCUUUCCCAAGCUCAUCACUGGAUCACUUCUAACCCUCAUUGGAGUCUACCUCGUUGGUAACGGACUGCAGAACUGGGGCGGAUCUUCGAACUGCCAUGGAGGAGAGGGUUUCUACGCUCUUUGUCCGGAUAUCACUGCGCCGCGACCGCUCAUAUGGGGACAUCCGAAGCUGAUCGGCUUAGGGUUCAGUGUGUUUGCUACUAUCAUCUUGGUCGAAGCCGUCGGUGCGCCGCUCAUGCGUUCGGCUUCGGUCAUCAUUGGUCUAGCUGUAGGAUGUGCCAUCUCAGGCGCAACAGGCUACUGGUCGACGGAGCAGCUCAACCAAGCACCCGGCGGAACCUUUCUUUGGGUACACACGUUCAAGCUCUCCGUUGAUGGCGCGCUAGUACUGCCUAUGAUAAUCAUGUUUGCCUGUCAAGCCGUGUCUUGCAUUCCCGAUAUCUUGGCCACUGCAGAGCUAUCAGGUGUUGACAUCGAGGGAACGGAGUUCAACAGCAGGAUCCAAGGCGGCAUUCUGUGCGACGGACUCGGAAGCUUCUUCAGUGCACUGGCUACGGGCCCACCGAUGGUCAGCCAGGCAGGCAACAACGGCGUUAUUGUUCUCACCGGUUGUGCAUCUCGCCGGGCAGGAUGGGCAGCAAGUGGCUUCCUGGUCCUCAUGGGGGUCAUUGCGAAGUUCGGUGCUGUCUUCGCUUCUAUGCCGCCGUCUGUCCUCGGCGGUAUGCAAGUCUUCCUUUACAGCACCAUUGCUGUGGCCGGUAUCCGUGUCCUCGCACUCAUCCCAUGGACCCGCCGCGAUCGCUUCAUCCUCGCAGUCUCCCUGGGCAUUGGGUUCAUGGACAUAUGUCAACCCGACUGGUUUUCACAGGUUUUAUCGUACGAUGGGCCGAAUGAGAAUCUGGUAGGAUUCGAGCAGGGCAUCAACCUUGCUGUGGAGACUCCGUUUGUCAUUGCUGCUAUUGUUGGUAUAUUCUUGAACGCUGUACUGCCGAAGGACAAAAGCGCGGCGCCGAUGGUAGGAUACGGUGAUGAACAGAAACAUCCUAGGAUAGGGCAACGUGAGGAUUAG